AGUCUUUGCAAUUUUUAUAGCAAAAGAUUCAAAUUCAUCUUCUCAUCUUUAUUUUUCAACAUCUUCUUCACUAUGGACCUCUUCCUUCUCCUCCGCCUUCAUCACGGUUCUGGAUAUUGGAAAAGAGAUGGGAAAGUAGAAGCAGAAUUAGCAACCGCGAGGGCGUUGAUCAGAGAAGCUCAAUUAAACUCAAAUUCUACUACAUCGUCUCCCCUCGGAGACGAAGACUAUGUUCCUCAUGGCGACAUUUACCGGAACCCUUAUGCCUUUCACCGAAGUUAUCUUCUUAUGGAGAAGAUGUUCAAGAUAUACGUAUACGAAGAAGGAGAUCCGCCAAUGUUUCACUAUGGUCUUUGUAAAGACAUAUACUCCAUGGAAGGAUUGUUCCUUAACUUUAUGGAAAACGAUGUCCUUAAGUACAGAACCCAAGAUCCGGACAAGGCUCAUGUCUACUUCUUACCAUUUAGUGUUGUCAUGAUCCUACACCAUCUUUUCGACCCUGUUGUUCGAGAUAAGGCUGUGUUGGAACGUGUCAUCGCCGACUAUGUCCAGAUAAUUUCCAAGAAAUAUCCGUAUUGGAACACAAGCGAUGGGUUUGAUCACUUCAUGUUGUCUUGCCAUGACUGGGGACACAGGGCAACAUGGUAUGUAAAGAAGCUAUUUUUCAAUUCCAUAAGAGUACUAUGCAACGCCAACAUAUCAGAAUAUUUCAAUCCAGAGAAAGACGCUCCGUUUCCUGAAAUUAAUUUACUAACCGGAGAAAUCAAUAACUUAACCGGUGGUUUAGAUCCAAUCUCUCGUAAAACACUUGCUUUCUUCGCUGGAAAAUCACACGGCAAAAUCCGUCCGGUUCUUCUAAACCACUGGAAAGAAAAGGACAAAGACAUUCUGGUUUACGAGAAUCUACCGGACGAUUUAGAGUACACGGAGAUGAUGAGGAAAAGCCGGUUUUGUAUUUGCCCGAGCGGUCACGAAGUUGCUAGCCCGAGAAUACCGGAAGCGAUAUACAGCGGAUGUGUACCGGUUCUUAUUUCGGAGAACUAUGUUUUGCCGUUUAGUGAUGUUUUGAAUUGGGAGAAGUUUUCGGUUUCGGUAUCGGUUAAGGAAAUACCGGAACUUAAAAGGAUAUUGAUGGAUAUACCGGAAGAGCGGUAUAUGAGAUUAUACGAGGGAGUGAAGAAAGUGAAAAGGCAUAUAUUGGUUAAUGAUCCUCCAAAGAGAUAUGAUGUGUUUAAUAUGAUUAUACAUUCCAUUUGGUUAAGAAGAUUGAAUGUUAAAUUGUUAUGACACUUUAAUGCCUAGCUAUGUGAGUUCAAGAAUCUUUCUUCUCCACUCAUAACUUAAUAGACAACUUGAACCAAAAAUAAACAAUUUGUUUGGUUAAGAUUCGGUUGUAUAACUUAACAAAAAUUGCCAUUAGCAAACUACAGCUGUUACUGUUAUGUUGAUAGCUAUUUAAACUAGUUUACUCCAACAAUUAUCUACAGAAUAAAGUUAAAUACUUCUU